AUGUCGAAAGCAACUCUGGCCGUCAUCGCGGCCGCCACACCAACCCCAGCACCAAGCCCCCCCUCCCCCUCAAUCGCGGGCACCGUCAAAGUCCCCACGACAAUCCCAACACCACCCCUUGCCGCAAAAACCCCCACCGGCCCCGUCAACCCAGCCGGCGUCCUGCAAUACGGUUUCCCCGGUCCCAUCGCCGACGAACUCUCCACGCUGCCCCUGCACGGCGCCUACGACCGUCGCACCCGCAACCCAUCCUGGGUCGCCGAGCACAUCACCCCGCAAUCGCUGUCCCAGAACAACGCAGACCGCAAGCACAGCACCUUCGCAGAGGAUACUUCCAUCCCGGCCCUGUUCCGCGCCAAACUGGCCGAUUACUUCCGCUCCGGCUAUGACCGCGGCCACCAGGUACCCGCCGCAGACGCGAAGUGGUCGCAGGGCGCUAUGGACGAUACCUUCUACCUGAGCAAUAUGUGUCCGCAGGUCGGCGAGGGAUUCAACCGCGACUAUUGGGCGCAUUUCGAGGACUUUUGCCGCAAGCUUGCGUCGCGGUAUCCCUCCGUUCGCGUCGUGACGGGGCCCUUGUAUCUGCCCCAUCGCGAUCCCGAUGGCAAGUGGCGUGUGAACUACGAGGUUAUCGGGAACCCGCCUAACGUUGCGGUGCCGACGCACUUUUAUAAGGUGAUUUAUGCGGAGUAUGGUACCGAUUCGCCGACUAGCAAGGUUGCCCUUGGUGCGUUUGUGUUGCCGAAUGCGCGCAUCCCGAAUGAGAAGAGUCUUUCGGACUUUGAGGUUCCUCUCGAGGCGGUUGAGAGGGCGUCGGGCUUGGAGUUUGCGGCCAAGUUGGAUCCUAGUCGUCGCCGUCGGUUGUGUCAGGAGAUUAAGUGUGAAAUUGUUGUGCGGGAGUUCAACAAUGCUAAGAAGCGCAAUUAG